ACUUUACUGGGCAAAGUACUUUAUGUGGAGGAGGCUUAUCCUGACUUUUUUUCUUUUCUGGAAACGGAUUAGGGAAACAGGGCAGUCCUGAACUCACACUGUACUUUCUCAUAAGUGUUCAAAUGCUUUCGGGGGCGACGAUUUGUCAUUUUCUGGGAUUUGUAUUUUGAUUUUCCAUUAGAGGCUAUUUAAAAUACAUGAAAAACACUUUCCCAUCUUCUUGGUGACUAUUUUCUGACCAGCAACUUGAUGACAGCUGGCUGAGUGGGCCCAGCACGUGUGUGUCAGCCAUGGGCCGCAAGUUGGAUCUGUCAGGCCUCAGCGACAACGAGGCUGAGCAUGUGCUACAGGUAGUGCAGCGCGACAUGAGGUUGCGCAAGAAAGAGGAGGAGCGGCUCAGCGAACUGAAGCAGGAGCUGGACGAGGAGGGCAGUCGCUGCCUACUGCUGUCACGGCAGCGUUGCUUCAACCAGCGCUGCUGCAUCCGCUGCUGCGCCCCCUUCAGCUUUCUGCUCAACCCCAAGCGCCAGUGUCACGACUGCCUGUACAACGUGUGCAAGGCCUGCAGGCUCUACAGCAAGCACGACAAAGCCUGGCUCUGCUGCGCCUGCCAGAAGAGCAGGCUGUUAAAGCAGCAAUCGCUGGAGUGGUUCUACGCCCAUGUCAAGGGACGCUUCAAGAGGUUCGGCAGCGCCAAAGUGCUGAAAACCAUUUACAGGAGACACUUGGUGGAGCACAGCGCUCUUUCAGAGCUCACAGAGGGCAGCACCUACGAGGAGAGCAUCUGCAAUGAAGGCAGCGUCUGUGGCAGCGAUGCCACCUUCUACAGACAAACUGAAGAGCACAGCAUGGCCGAGACACUCACUGUGGCCUUUCGGGUGGCCGAGGAGGCCAUAGACGAGGCCAUUUGCAACGCUGAGUUUGACAUUGCAAGUCAGGUUGAGAAUGAGAAUGAAGCACACUACCUGCGUGAGCACAGAGGAGAGCUCAUUGAGGAACUGGCCAAGACAAUCAUGCAAAAAAUCAUCUCUAGGAGGAAGACCUUGACUGACAUGAGGGACGAGUACGAGCACGACAGAGAGCUUGAGCACCUCGGCCUCCAUCACCGUGGCGACCAGGCCAGCAUCACCUUUAAUCACCUCAAAGGCCUCUGGAGGUCACAGUCUGCCUUCUCGCUGAUGGAUGACAACAUUCCAAAAGGUCUCACUCAAGAUGCUCAUCAGACGUUACCUAAGGAAUCAAGCGGCUCAGCUGUGACGUCUUGGACAAGUGUAGACCGUCUUGAAAACUCUGGUGUGUCCUCAGUGCUGAAGAGCCCGGAUGGGAACUGGAUCGCCCUGCAGAGCGGCCAGUUGUCACGGCCUAGCCUGCUGGCCAAGAGGAAGAGUCUGGUCUACAGCGCUCUGGAGAGGGAGUCUGGAGCGGUGUCCGCUUACGAGGGCAUGGACUCUGACAACGAAGCCAAACCUGAGUUGGACACCUCCUGGGGAGCCAUCCUGCAGGAAUUCCACAGGAAGCUCACAGGCUCUAAAGUCAAGCAUGAACCCGACAACAGAGCUCGCUCAGAUUCUGAGGGGCAACUUAAAAAGUCCCCACUGGAUGUGUUUAGGAAGCAGGCACCCACUGAGAUGAAGCGGCCACCAUUGUCCUGUCGGACCACCGUCAUCGACGUUAACUUCAACAUGAAGGCGGAGGAGAGCGGAGCGGCAAGUGAGGUUUUGGCCGGAAAAGCGAAGAGAUCACGGAAGAAAAGAAGUAAAAGAAGGGCAACUCUUCCUGGACCUCUGCUAGAUCACAACAGGAGGGAUGGCCAGUCCCGUUCUCCCUCUGAUGCCGAGAGUCCUGACACUUUAACACCUGAAGCCAUCACUCCUAAUCCGUUAGACCAAAAAAGUGACACCCUUGAACAUGGAACGCAUCAAGUGGACCAGGAGUUGACGAUAGAUGGGCACCAAGAUGAGGGACACGUGUCAGAUUCCUUACUCAGAGAUGAAGCAAAAGAUGAUGAUGACGAUGAAGCACAGGAGGUGGAAAUGAGAAAUAAAGAAGAGGAAGAUGGGAGUAUGGCUGUGGAUGGAGUGAGAGCAGAGGAGGUAGAGGAAGAGGAGGUCAAAUCCAGGUUGUACAAGCUGGUAGCACAGUCAAGACUAUCCUACUUCUCGUCCACUGAUGAUGAGCUGGACCGAGCAGGGAGAAGUGAAGAUGAUGGAGGGUAUGAUGAAGGUCAGGAGGAAGAGGAGAGCGAGGAAAAGACAGGAGGACUAACCCACAAAAUCUGCCAGCUGGAGGAGGAAGUCCAAGCCAGCAUGUUGUCCUCCACCGAGGACGAGCUGGACAGAGUCACAGAUGAAGAGAAGAAGGAAGCGGAAGAAGAGGAGGAGGAGGAGCUGGCGGUGAAAGUGUGCAGGUUGGCCACCGAAGUCGGCGCCGCCCAAUUUUCAUCCACCGAGGAUGAGCUGGAUCGGGAGGAUGUGAUUCACGAGGAGACGCUGUGGAGGCUGCAGGAGGACAAGGCGGCACAGGCAGCACAGGUACGCCACCUGGCCAGUCUGGUCAGUGCUUCCCAGUUCUCCUCCACUGAGGACGAACUGGAUCGAGUUGGUGAAGAUGAAGCAGAGAUGAAGCAGGGAGGAGAAGGACAGGAGAGUGCAAGUGAAGAACUGUCUGAGGAUCUAGAAUGUUGGGAAAGUUGGGAAUCCAUGGGAGACGUAGAGGCAGAGAUGUUUGAUUUAAGGAAACAAAAUGAGGAGCAUGCUCCAGAAAGAAUGACUGAGAACGUUCAAGAUUGUCAGGACCAGCACGGUGAAGUAGACAUAGAGGAAUCUGAUGACAGGAUGUUUGAGGACAAAGAUGAGAUGGUUUUUGCAUCACACAAGGAUGCGAGAUGGUCAGAGCAGACAGUAAUUGGGCAAGAACAUCCGCCAGAGGUGAAGAUGUCAGACCAAAGAGGAGAAGAAGGACAGGAGGAGGAACAGGAUAUCCUUGGAGGAGGAGAGAACAGUCUUGAGACACAGUGGGAGAUGGCCUCGGCCAGUGGGGACGAAGACGCCGAGUUUGACAGAAUCAUCAACAGCAUGUUGAUGAUGACACUGGAGGACAUGCAGAAACUAGACCAGCAAAGCAAGGAUGCAAAGACAGACAAGGAGUGGAACAAGGACACAAGUGAGACAACCAAGAAGAGGGAUGAGGACAUGAAGACAGAUAAGGACAGCAAUGGUGAUGCAAGGAUGGCCGAUGAGAAGGAAUACGAUACAAAUGCAAAUGAAGAGAGGAAAGAAGACACAGACACAGACAUGAAGACAAAGGGCGAUCUAAAGACAGACGACGAGAGGAAAGGAGACACAAAGACAGAACAAAGCAGAAAUGAGUAUCCAAAGAUGGAGCAGGACAGGAACAAGAAUGCCGAGACACAGGAGUGGAAAGAAAAUGUCAAGACGGAUAGUGACAGCAACAAGAUUGCAAAGGGAGAGGAGAAGAAUGAGGAUGAGACAAGUAAAGGAAGGAACAAGGAUAUGAAGACAGAUGCUGAGAAGGAAGAGCAUUCAAAGACAGUUGAUGAGGACAAGCAGACAGACAUAGAAAAGCAUAAGGAUGCAAAAAUCAACACAGAGAGGAAAGACAAUACCAAAACAUGCAAGGACGGGAACAAGGAUAAGAAGAAAGAUGAUGAAAGGAAAGAAGACACAAAGACAAGUGAGAGGAAGAACGAGGAUGUGAAGGCGGAGAAGGACAGACACACGGACCCAAAGACAGACAAGGAGCACAAAGGACUUGCUGACAGACAAGACAAGGAGAAGCUAGACAAUGCAAAGACAGAGAAUAAGAAGAAAGAAGACAUAAAGACCGAUAUGGACAGGAGCAUGGAUGAAAAGUCCAACAAUGAGGACAGAAAGACAGACGAGACACAAGAUGCAAAAGAGGUCCAAGUGGACCACACGAGCCUGCUUGAAGAUCCAAACGCGCAAACUUUUGGAGAUUAUUGUAAAGCACAUGAAAGUGCUGAUCUUUCACUCAGUCGUCCAUCGAGUCCUUUAACUGAUAAUAAAGACACAGGCCAGGUCGACAGCAAAAUGUCCCCUGAUUGUCCAACAGUCGAGGACAAAGAGGACAUUGAGGACGUCGAGGAGGGAUUCCUGUCACCAGAGGACAUCAGAAAUAAAUACUCAGCAGCGUCCCUAUGCAGCAUCACCACUGAGGUUCUGAAGGUGCUCAAUGCCACCGAGGAGCUCCUACAGGGGGUAGAGGGCCGGGAUAGCCGCCGACCUUCCACUUCUUUUUUGCCUGCCAAUGCUGACCCAAAGAAACUGGAUCAACACUUCUCCAGCCUGGAAGAGAAAGUGUACGUGGCAGCGGGGUCAGUCUACGGCGUGGAGGCGGAACUUAGCGAAUUGGAGGAGCGUGCCAGGGAUGUCUCCAGCGCCACGUCCAAUAUGGAGCUGUCCUUCCUGGAGGAGCAGGUGGCAUCGGCCGCCGCUAGAGUUCAUCAAUCUGAGCUACAGGUCAAUGACAUCUCAGCCAGGAUCGCCGCCCUGCAGAGUGCCGGUCUCAACGUGGACCCACAGUCCCGCGUUGCCAAGACCAGGACGGUCCCAGUCAUGCCUCUCACCCUGAGCUCAUCCAGACAGCUGAGGAGACGACUGCCUGCGCUCCCACGUCGAGAUAACACUAAAGAGAUGAUCAUCGACCCAAGAACAAGGGAAAAGGAGCCGCAUAAACCCCUGUUUAUUGAUGAGACUGAAGUGGAGAGGGUGAAAACCUUCAAGUUCCUUGGCACACACAUCAGCGAGGACCUCACCUGGUCUCACAACACCCAACAAGUUAUCAAGAAGUCCCAAAGGAGGACUUCCUGAGAAGACUGAGGAAAUUUGGCAUGCCCACCAAAAUCCCGAGUUACUUCUACAGAUGCACUAUCGAAAGUGUCCUUACCGCCUCCAUCACUGUUUGGUACGGUAACUGUACAACACGUGAUAGGAAGGCACUCCAGUUGGUGAUCAAGACCUCACAGAACAUUGUUCGGGCAGUCCUCCCCUCACUGCAAGACAUUUAUACAUCUCACGUCCUACGAAGAACAAACAACCUCAUCAAGGACAGCACACAUCCACAACACUUAUUAUUCACACUCCUACCGUCAGGCAGACGCUACAGGAGUUUGAAGUCCAGGACAAGACUGGCGAACAGCUUUUACCCACAGGCCAUCACACUCCUCAACGAAGCACUCACACACGCCACACGUAACACACGCACACACUCAUAACACUUUCUUUAUUUAUUUAUUCAUUCAUUCAUAGUAAAUUUCCCCGCUGUGGGAUAAAUAAAGUACAU